AAUUUAUUUUCGCUAUCUUCUCUCCAAUUUUCAUUCUAUUACUGUAUAAAUAGUUAACUUUUGGUUUAUUAAAGUACGUUUCAUGACACUUCAUCAUCAAUACUAUAUUCUGUAGGUUAUAAGGGAGCUGACGAGAAUCCACGAAAUACGUGCAUGCUAAUUCAGCUGUUGUUAUUCUUCUUGUUUUAUUCAAAUUCGCGAAACGAAAGAAUUGUGUGAAAUUUGCCAAAUGUAUAGCAUCAUUAAACUCCAUAUAAAUAUCUCGAUUAUUUCAACAUAUUAUUUGUUAGUUGAUUGGAAGCAGUAUGCAGGAGAUCCUACUUCAACUAGCCUUCACCUAUCUUGGAAGCACUGUUUCAACUACAGGUGGUACAGGCACAGACGAGGAUGUCAAAGUCAGAAUCGGAAAAGCAAGACAGGUGUUCAUUAGCCUGAAAACAGUGUGGAGAUCUUCUACACUGCACUCAGCAUGUGGAACAAGAUCCGGAUUUUCAACACCACAUCAAAUCAGUGCUUCUGUAUGGUUGAGAGACUUGGCACGCUACGAAAGGGAUUUCCAACAAACCACAGACAUUCAUCAACAGUUGCCUACUCUGGCUCGUUACUGAAGAUCAGAUGGAUUGCCAGAAAGAAUGAGCAACAAGGAACUGUGGGAAUGAACCAACCAAGAACCUAUCGCUCAACAAAUAUGCAGAAGGAGGUGGAGAUGGAUUGGGCUGGGGAUACACUGAGAAGGCCGACUGGGGACAUCACGCAUCAGGCCAGGCGCUUUAGUGGAACCCGGAUGGGAAGUGACGAGUUGGGCGUCCUAGGCGAGGGUGACAUGGAGGAGAUCGUGCGAGGAAGAAAUGAGAGCUUGUGGGCAGUCGUGGAACCAGGUCCAAAAGGUUUCAGAGAACAUAGUUCACUGGAGACGUGCUACUGAAGCCCUAUGUUCCACUGGGAACCCAAAGGACAAAUAAUAAUAAUAAUGAUAAUAAUAAUAAUAUAAUACUUCAACUGGGCUUUGCGCUUGUCAACACUCGUCAGCAAGGCCCUAUCUG